CUCGACAUGGGCCCAAAGAACAACUCAUCGGAUUCCAGGAAAACCGUGCCAUCCGGAUUCAACAACUGAGGGACACUUUGAACUUCUGUUCUAAGUCUGCUUUCAGUAUCUGACUGCUGUGGUAUGUUACAUAACUGGCGCACACAUUUGGCGUACAAAUAUCGACUGUUUGCAUGGCAUCCUCGAUUUCUGACUUUGCUAUUUGAAAUUAUUGGUUCUCUGUUUCUCUUCCCUUCUCCCUCUUAUAUUUUCUCCUGUCUCUUUUCACUGACUGCACAGUGCCAAAAAGACCAUUGUUUCAGAGUUUCCCAAGACCUGCCAUAUUUCCUCGGCAUCACUUCACGCUAACGACGCUUACAAUCUGUGACUAUUUGAAAUUCCCAGGCCCAAGCAAU